AUGUACAAUCAAAAGACUAACUUCACAACUGAUGAACUUAUGCAGCCAAUUCCAAAAGGUUCAACGUUCAAUGGAAUAUUUACCAGAAGAGAAAAAACAAAACUUACCACUCAUCAAUUUUAUCUUUACUCACAAGACGCAGAAAAUCUUCUAUUAUCAUCUACAAACAUAGGACCAACGAGACAUUUUGUAAUAUCUACUAGUGCUAAUGAAAUUAAAGAAGGCUCUGAAUUCCAUAUUGCUUCAUCUGAAAUUUCAGGCUAUACAUAUAACUUUACUGAUGUUAAUCAUAAGCCAAUCCUCGAAGUUACUUAUAAAUCAUUCACAGAAAAGAAAACAGGAAUUAGAAAAUUAGAAAUUAAAAUGUUUAACAAAAAUCAUGAGCCAAUUGAAGAAGAGAGUGAACAAGUAAUACAACGAAUGCCUCAUAAGGUUAAUAAUCAAUAUUCUAUGGUUUUCCCUUCAAUUCCAAUUUCAGGUAUGUGUGGGAAACAGUCAGAAAAGAAUUUAAUACUUGAAUACAAGGAUGAAAUAUGUUUUAUAUUCGAAAAGACAGAAGAAGAUGAAUUUUAUCUUGCAAUUCGAUAUCCUUUAAACAUUGUUCAAGGUUUUUGCAUUGCACUCACAGCAAUGUCGAAAUUCGCUACUGAAUAG